UGAUGAUUGCCGUUCAUCGCUUCCGACGGCUGCUAUUUGGAACCAAUAGAAGAUGUUCUCAUUGGAUAGGUAACCGGCAUAUCCCAUAUUAUUUUAAUUAUCAGCCAAAUAGUAGACAACUUUGUAAAGAUGCUUUUCGUGUAGAAGAGAAAGAAGAGAUUCAAAACUUUUUUCGGUUUGAAAUUGUUCAUCAAUCAAGCAAGUCUCGUGCUCGAGUCGGCAGGAUUUACACACCUCAUGGAAUUGUUGAUACACCAGCUUAUGUAGCGGUAGCCACUAACGCUGCACUUAAACACGUCGACCAUCGUUUGGUAAGUGAAGCUGGACAACAGUUGAUGUUUUGCAAUACAUAUCACUUGCUAUUGCAUCCUGGUCCUUGUGUUAUUGAAGCAGCUGGUGGGUUACACAAGUUUAUGAAUAGAAAAGGAGCCAUUAUUACGGACAGUGGAGGAUUUCAAGUAUUUUCACUUUCUCACGGUUCGGUUUAUGACGAGUUGAAUAUGAAGUCGAGAAGUGGAGGGAACAAGAAUUUUACGAGUUUGUUGCUUUCAGUGACCGAAGAAGGUGCUACAUUUCGUUCUUAUAGAGAUGGCUCAAAAGUAACUCUUACUCCCGAAUAUUCUGUUCAAAUACAAAAGAGUUUGAAAGGAGAUAUCAUCAUUCCUUUAGAUGAGUUGCCUCCUUAUCAUAUGGAAAGGAGUCAAUUGGAGGAAUCUGUGAACUUGACGCAUCGUUGGGAACUACGAAGCUUACAAGAACAUCGAAGGAAUGUACAGAAUCAAGCAAUGUAUGCCGUAAUUCAUGGAGGAAUAGAUACCGAACUGCGCCAGAAAAGUAUUGACUUUUUAUGUUCUUUACCGUUUGAUGGAUUUGCUAUUGGAGGGAGUCUUGGAAAGAAUCGUCAGGAACUGUUUCAACUCUUAGAGUUUGUGAUGCCUCGACUACCUACUGCAUUUCCUAAUCACCUGCUAGGAAUUGCAGAUUUGGAGUCUAUUGAACGUGUUGUUCCAUUAGGAGUGGACACAAUGGAUUCCUGUUACCCUUUUCGAGUUGGAAGACAUGGAAAUUUAUUUACUCGCCGAGGAGUUUUGCAUAUCUCACAGUCAAAAUAUAAAAACAUGUUUGAGCCUCCUGAUCCUGAAUGGGGUUUGAAAGAUGUAACUUUGGCUUAUCUUCAUCAUCUAUUGAAAGCACGAGAACCGAUGGCUUUAACACUUUUAUCUUUGCACAAUGCCAUUUUUAUGGUAGAGUACAUGAACGAUAUACGUAAAAGAAUACUUCAAGACGAGAUUUAAAAAAAGGCCAAAACAAAGGAACGAUAUAAAGUAUUUGACUACAUA